AUGAACAGAGACAGUUCCUUGGAUAAAAGCCUUAUGGAGGGCUCCCAGGAUUCGGAAGAGAAAUGCAAGGCAUUCAAGGAUAUUCGCAAAUACUUCACUGAGGAAGAGUGGGCAAAGCUGGGAAACUCAGAGAAAAGAACCUGUGUGUGCAUGAAGAGAAACUAUGAAAUCAUGACUGGUCUAGGUUUAAUGACCAACUGCCCAGAUUUCAUGCGUCCUAAGAAUUGGACCACAAAGUCUGGGCAUGAUUCUGGUGAAGAUUGGGACCCUGGGAAUGAGGGUUCCUUUCAAGCUGCUGCCCCAGUGCUGGAGCUCACAGAAUCCAAGAAAGAAGAGACUCAUGUCUGGGUCAGCAGGCUGAGGGAAAGAAAGGACCCUGUUGUGUAUCAAGAGAUCAGUGACCCAGAGGAUGAUGACUAA